CCCCGCAGGUGUAGUUCUGAGGCAAUCUCCAGAGCCCAAAGAGCUGUGGGGAUAUGUACAAGUUCGAAGUAAGGCCCACAUGUUCUGGUGGCUCUACUAUGCAGAUAACCCAACCAAAGACUUCACGGAAUUACCUCUCAUCUUGUGGCUGCAGGGAGGUCCAGGAGCUUCAGGCUGUGGAUUUGGGAACUUUGAAGAAAUUGGCCCAUUAGACAAAGAAAUGAAACCAAGAAAUACAACCUGGUUGCAGGCAGCCAGUAUCUUGUUCGUGGAUAAUCCUGUGGGCACUGGAUUCAGUUAUGUGGAUGAUUGUAGCUUGUUUGCCAAAAACCUUACCACAGUAGUUUCUGAUAUGAUGGUUUUUCUUGGAGAUUUUUUUGCAUUUAGAACAGAAUUCCAGACCAUCCCAUUCUACAUAUUUUCUGAAUCUUACGGAGGUAAAAUGGCUGCUGGCGUUGCUUUAGAGCUGCAUAAGGCUGUUCAAAAAGGGACCAUAAAGUGCAAUUUUAUGGGGACUGCUCUUGGAGACUCAUGGAUUUCUCCUUUGGACUCUGUGCUGUCUUGGGGCCCCUACCUUUACAGCACUUCUCUCCUUGAUGAUAACGGUCUAGCAGAGGUGACUGCUGUUGCCAAACAAAUAAUGGAUGCAAUAAAUAAAAAUGAAUAUGGGCUGGCCACUGAGCUCUGGGGCAAGGCUGAAGAUGUCAUUGAAGAGAACACAGACAAUGUGAACUUUUAUAACAUCCUGACUAAGGAGGUUCCAGACAUGAAAUCAACUGAACAAGAGAAUCUCCAUCUCAUGGGACUUUACCAGCGCCAUGUCAAAAAUAUGCAUGAGGACAGCCUAAAUGCAUUGAUGAAUGGACCCAUCAGAAAGAAGCUAAAAAUUAUUCCUGACUGUGUGAAAUGGGGAGGUCAGUCCAGAGAUGUCUUUGAGAACAUGGCUGAGGACUUCAUGAAACCUGUCAUUGAUAUUGUUGAUGAACUUUUGGCAGCCAAUGUCAAUGUUGUGGUCUAUAAUGGGCAGCUGGAUCUCAUUGUUGACACCAUGGGCCAGGAGGCGUGGAUCCGGAAACUGAAAUGGCCUAAUUUGGACCAGUUCAACCGGCAAAGGUGGAAGGCACUCUAUGUGACUCCAGAAUCCACUGAGACAGCUGCUUUCCACAAGGCCUAUGAGAACUUUGCUUUCUUCUGGAUUCUUAAGGCUGGGCACAUGGUACCGUCUGAUCAAGGAGAGAUGGCACUGAAAAUGGUCAGGAUGGUGACCCAACAGCAGCACUAGGGAAGGGGAGGCCAGCUGGGAUG